GCCACCCCCUGGCCCCCCGCCCUGCGCCUCCGUCUCGCUCAUUCUGAGACCACCGUCUCUCCACCGCCUCACCGUCGCAUUCUCUUCGGUAUUCAUGCUCGCGGCGAGAAGUUUCCAACCCCCGUCAUGUUUCCCUCCAGCAUGUGGCUGUGCGUCCUCCUGGCGCUGCCCCUCCCUCGGUCUUCGUACCAGUCGUGCACAGACGGGACGCCCCGGCAGUGUGUCGAAGCGGAAUUUGCACCCGGCACCAAUUUGGCCGGAGAAGGUUUCGACAUCACCAAGAUGGAGCGAGUGGGGGCUUUUGUGGUCAACAUGAAGGACUGGAGACGCAAAGACAAAACGUGCACCCUGUGCAGCAACCCCUUCCUGGAGAACCAGAGGCAGAAGCUGCCCCUGGCGGUGGUGGACUGGAGGGCCCAGCAGUCCUGCAGCAGCAAGGUGGCCUCCAAGCUCUACAAGUCCAGCGAGGCUCUGGUCACUUCCAGCGAGUCCUCCAUCGAAAACGACUGGAAGACCAACCUGGACGUUGACGUGGGCCAUCGUAGCGCCUCGCUGAUGCUGGCCGGCUCCACGUCUAAACUAUCCAGUUACUCCAUGGAGAAAACCAAGGAGGACAAGUUCAGCUUCUCCAGCCAGGGCGCGUCCUGUCAGUACUACAGCUACCGAGUCUCCAGGACUCCAAAACUGCACCAAGAGUUUCGCAAAGCGCUGAAAGGCCUGCCUAAGAUCUACAGCGCUGAAAACAAGCAGCGGUUUUACAAACUGAUCGACAACUUCGGCACCCACUACAUCACCAAGGUGAAGCUGGGGGGCAGCGUGAGGUCGGUGACCAGCAUCAGGGAGUGCCAGGCCAGCCUGGAGGGCCUCACCGCCGAGGAGGUGCAGUUCUGCCUGGAGACCGAGGCGUCCGUCAGCAUCCAAGUCAACAUCAAGUCUGAAACCAAGCACUGCAGGAAGGAGUCCAGCAAGACGGAGAAUAAGAAGUCGUUCUCCGACGUCUUCAGGGAACGGUUCACAGAAAUAAAGGGCGGCCACACCACCGAGGCCGACCUGCUCUUCUCCGCCAGCAAGGACCCGGCCGCCUACAAGCAGUGGCUGGACUCGGUGCCGCUCAGCCCGGACAUCAUCUCCUACUCCCUGGACUCGCUGCACGAGCUGCUGCCCGUCAACACGCCCGUCCGCAAGAACCUGCGCGCCGCCAUCAGCCACUACAUCCUGGAGCGGGCCCUGCUGAGGAACUGCACCGACGGCUGCCGGGCGGGGGUGAAGAGCGACGGCAGGGACCCCUGCGUCUGCCAGUGCCACAACCAGCCCGCCGUCAACCGCGACUGCUGCCCCACGCGCAAGGGCACGGCCCGGGUGGUGGUCACUGUGCAGCGGGGGUCCGACCUGUGGGGCGAUCAGACCACCGCCACCGACGGCUACGUCAAGGUCAAAAUCGGGCGGGACGAGCGCCGCACUCGCGUCAUUCUCAACAACAACAACCCGUACUGGGCGACAGUCGUCGACUUCGGCACGCAGGAUCUGUCCUUGACCAACAGGGUCCGGUUUGAAGUCUGGGACCAGGACAGCAACUGGGACGACGACUUGCUGGGGGAGUGCGAGCCGGUCCUGUCGGCGGGGGUCAAGCAGGACCUGUGCGUCCUGCAGCACGGCAGGCUCUACUUCAAGUGGGAGGUGAAAUGCGCUCCGAGCCUCGGCGGCGACUCCUGCACCGAAUACAAAGCUUCGCCGAUGAGCCAAAGUCUGAAGGAUCUGUACGUCUCCCGCCACGCUCGCCCCGUUCCCAGAGCCAUGCUGCUGCAGAAGGGCGUGUUCCUCACGGAAACCAGCGCCCUGGCAAACCAGACGGCAGAGAGGCGUGUGUUCCCUCCUGUGUUUCCAUAGCGACCAUCCAACCGCCGCACCCUCAAAUGGGACUGGCCAAGGCGGGGGGAAAAGAAUUUCCCCAAGGCGAUUAAUAAAGUUUGAUUGGUUUUGUUAGUUUCAAGUGAAAAUACAAAACUUUCAUCUCGUUUUCAGUGUCUGUUUAUGCGAAAAGAUUUCAGAGCCACUGAAAAUGCUAAGUUUUGAAAACGCUCCGUCAACCGGUCGAUGAAAAUUUAAAAAAAAAAAAAAAAAAAAGCACUUGAAAUGCUCCUGAGUAAUUAGGUGGCGACACUGAUGCAAGCUGCAUCAAGAAAAAGGUUCAAUGAACAUGAAUUGUGGAUUAGUUGAUGUUGGUCACAAAUGUCCGUUCUAAAUAUAAAUCAGUCUUCCGCUAUAAUGAUCCAAUGCUUUUUGAGGGUGUGUCGACCAGCUUGGCUUCAUUAUAUUUUCUCCAAAGACAAAAUGUUUGAAAAUGACCAUUAUUUGAUCUUGAUUUAACUGUGUAGCAGCGUUGUCCUUUAUCAAGAGAAUAACUUAAUAUAUUGUGUCAGUAUUGCUCGUGGGGUUUUUUUUUCUCAGUUUGCUCUUUAGUUAAAACAUUUUAAUGCUUUUUGUUUACAGAAGAAGCAGGUUUGCAGAAUCUAUAUUAUAUAUUUCUAUAUAUCACAGUCUCGCAGUAGUGAGCACAGUUGUCUGAAGUUGAGGCAGUCUGGGUUUGAAUCCGAGUCGGGACAUUUUCAUGUGGAAUUUGCAUGUUCUCCCCGUGUCUCUGUGGCUUUUCUUAAGCUGCUAUUGGCUUUGUCAUGUAAAACCUAUUAUAAGGUCAUUAACUGAUCAGCGCUGCUCUCCUAUAAUGAAAAUGAAUGGAUGAGAGUCGCCUCAGAGGACAGUGUUGUCUGAUCGGCUCCGGUUCCCGGCUGUACUGUGUCUCAUGCAUAGUUUGACAUGUUUUCUUUUUUUUUAAAUCAAUAAAUAUUCCACAGCG